CCAUCUCCUUCCGACUAACCUCAUCCCGCCCCCUUGACCUGUCUGUCCUCCCUGGACUGACCUAUCCCCUCCCUAACUCCCCACCUACACUCACCUUUACUGGCUCCAUCCCCGCCUCUUUGACCUGUUUGUUUCCUCUCCACCUAUCUUCUCCUCUAUCCAUCUUCUAUCCACCUCCCACUCUCUCCCUAUUUAUUUCAGAACCCCCUUCCCCUCCCCCAUUUCUGAUGAAGGGUCUAGGCCCGAAACGUUAACCUUCCUGCUUGGCCUGCUGUGUUCAUCCAGCUCUACACCUCGUUAUCUCAGACUCUCCAGCAUCAGCAGUUCCUGCUAUCUCUGAGACAGUCUGCUACUGCUCCACUUGCCUGGACAGGGAUCUACGGAACAGAAGCUAUGACCUUUACAACAUGGCGGCGCUGCGAUCCCGCCUGUGCGGGGUGAGGGCGCGCCUGCGCACUGCUGUGUUGUGCUGUCCGGGAUCGGUGGAAGUGGGUGCAGGUAUUGAGGCCGGUGUAGAGAACACGAUGUUCCAGUUCCUGGUAGGAUUUACUUUUGGGAAUCUAGUGGGAAUGUAUCUGGCACAAAACUAUCAGAUUCCAAAUAUCUAUAAGAAGUUUGAAGAAUUCAAGAAGGAUGCAGAAACCCGAAGAAAACCACCAAAUGAUCGAUCCUGAUGUUCACAACCCACAGAUAAAAUUGGGAUAUCCACAUUCAAUCACAAGCACUAUAUGGACUGGGUGCAAUAAGUAACAAACUGUAUUGGGUCCAUUUAAGUACUAUUUAUUUAGUACUAAUUAAGCAUCAGUAUACUCAUUCUGAGUCACCAGUAUUUAUAUUACCGCUGACCUAUUGUUUUACUAUGUUUGAUCCAGUUGGAAUUUAAAACUGCUUGUAUUUGUAUAGCCACUUUAAUAUUUGAUGGGAUGUCAAUUUUAGUUAAUGGAAUUUAAAUUGUGACUGAAGGUUUGUGCUAAAAACCAUUGAUGACAACAUAAAAUCUAUGUUGACUCUGAUAUCCUGCUCUUUGUAUUCAAAUUGUAAUUAAUUAUAACACACUGUUCUCAAAAUACAGAGUCACUGGCAGUGUAACAAUGUAUUUCAGCAUUGACAUUCUUUAAAUUUACCUUGCAUAAAAAGUAA